AUGCCCACCAUUCCUCCCUUUCCCACCACCCCCCCCCCUCCGCAUCCACAGCACUCCGCUCCUAUCAACCACCACUCACCGCCUUACCAGACCUCCCCCCUGCACCAUACGCCGCGGACGACGCUCGCGCAUUCCGGUGAAGCCGACGCCAGCCCGCUUUCCGCGCAUUCCCUUUCCGCGCAACCUCUUUCCCCGCGCCAUCGCCGCCGCGCGCAUUCCUCCGCGCACGCGGGCCCGGACCUGCUCCUGUCCACCGGGCGGCUGUUGCUGCUGCUGGCGAUCGUAAUCGCCUUCGUGUUCCUUUAUUCCGAGCUCGAGUCGCGGAUAGAUCUCGAUGACGAUCCGCUGGGAGAGGAGAAGAGCUUCAGACGGGAAAACGGAAACGGAAACGGUAACGGUAACGGAGGAGGAAACGGAAACGGUGGUGGAGGGUUGGGAAGGUGGGGGUUGGCGGAAGGGUCGGAGGAGCCAUGGCAGCAUAGAGGGCUGGCGGAUUACGGGAAUCAGAGCGUAUCGGAUCUUUUAAGCGCCGUGAUGAUGGAGGGGAGUAACGGGAGUCUCGAUAACGGGAAUGGUGACAAUAACGGGACUGACGAGGACGGGGAUGGGGCUGCAUCUCAGGCUCGGGUCACUGAUCGGUGGUCCGUAGGGUCUGAUAAGCAGCCUGAUAAGCUGACUGAGGGUUCUGAUAAUGGGUCCAGGACAAGGCUAUCAGAGGUUGGCCCGAAUUUAGAGGAGCGUCGGCAGUUGCUUCUACUGGAGCGUGACCAUAAAGGGGUUUUGGCCGUAUCCCACCAUAAGCACUCGGGGUUGGGCGGGCAUGGGGCGAAAGGACACGGAAGGUCGCUAGAAGAUUCGGGGUCCGGCGAUGCUGACGUCAGCGGUAGGGGCAGCAGCAGCGGGAGAAGCGGGAACGGAAGGAGGGGGGACGAGGAUGAGGAGGAGGUGUUUGAUAUGUACGAGGCUUCGUUAGACGAACAGGUUGCGCAAGAUAUCACUAUAGUCAUCUCCGCUAAGCACACCUUCAGCUCCGCGCCCGCGCAGCUGGACGCGGUGCUCCGCAACACCCCCCCCUCCCCCGUCGUGUACCUGCUCUCCGCGGACAUGCCCGCGCGCGUGCGCGCGCACGUGCUGCGGCGGAAGCGCGAGGCGGACGCGGGGAUGUGGCGCGGGAACGCGGUGCUGCGCGGAUCGCCCGCCGCGGACGGGUCCGUGCAGUACCAGCAGCAGCAGGAGCGGCGCAUGGUGAUUAAAGACGUAGGGCGUCACGCGAGCGGAUUCGCGAUGCGAAACGCGUCAGUGGAGCUAAUUAAGACUAAGUACGCAUUAUUCAUAUUCUCAGACGUGUUUCCCCUAGGUCACCGGUGGCUGCAGAAGCUGUAUAUGUUUGCCGAGGCUAGGGGGGGAGAGGGGGUGAUCUUCUUGCCGUUCCUGUGGGAGCAGUCCGGCGGAGGCUCGGCACCGAGCUUCAAGGGAAUGAUGUCCAUGGAUGGUAUGGUGGAGGGCGGAAGGGGAAGCGGAGGGGGAAGCGGAGGGGGAAGUGGAGCGGGAGGCGAUGGGGACGAGAGUGGCAUCAGCAGCAGUGGCGGCGGCAGCGGUGACAGCGGUGGCAGGGAGUUAGGGCACGCGAGGAAGACGCACACGGGCAGCAGGUGCAAGGCGGAGGGGGAGAGCAUGCGCCUGCACGCCGCGUUCGGCGCGGAUAUGAUCCUGGACGACUUCAGCAACGACGGGAAGCUGUACCCUCAGCCCAUAGAAGACCCGCAGGUCGCCGCCACGCUAGACCCCACUCUUCUCGACCCAAGGGAAUCAGCCGUGGGGAUAGAGGAUCACUGCUUGCUCGUCCGGCACUCGUUUCUGUUAGAAGCACAGGUGUUUGACCCUCAGGUGGGGUAUACUCGGCAGGAUUUGGAUAUAGCGCUGACGACAAGGUAUUUUAACUACAAGGCGUUUCUGGUGCCACAGUCGGUGGUGGUAUACCACCAGCCGUCCACGAGUAUACGCACCAGUGACCUCGUGUAUUUCGUGAGCCAGAGCGGGGAUGACGUGUGCACGGCGAACCAGGUGUUUCUGCGGCACAAGUGGGGGGUGAUUGUGGGGCAGCGGUGCAGGGGGUUUGUGGAUGCGGCGCUCAGGGGGCUCAUGUGGGUGGCGGAGGGGGACGCGGGGACUGACAUGCGCGCGCAGGUGCAGGCGGAGGGGGACACCCGCCGCUUCUUCCUCCCAGCCUCCCAGAGCGAACAAGCCCGCCUCAUCCUCGCGCUCUUCUCUCUAACCGGUUUCAACCGCUUUCAAAUGCGUCAUCUACCCUUCUGGGGCUCCCUCCCGCCCGCCCCGUCAGUGCCCUGCCUUGUCCGCGAUAAGACGGUCUGUGAUUCGUCCAUUCCCUGGAUGGCUGCUGCUAGCGGGUUUGUACCCUUUGUAGAGCAACUCGGUUCUCUGCAUGAGUUCUUGGAGGAGUACGGGAGAUUGGUGAGGGGAAGGGGAGGGUCGGGCGGGGGAGGGGGGCGGGCGGAUGUGGAGGAGUGGGAGCGGGAGAAUACGAAGAGGAAGGAGACAGUGAAGGUGAAGGGGAAAGGGAAGGGGAAGGGGAAGGGAAAGGGGAAGGGGAAGGAGGAAGCGAAGAAGAAGGGCGGAAGUGGGAAGGGUGGUGGGGGGAGGAAGCUGCUGAAGGAGAGAGGGAGUGGCAGACGACGGCUGCUGGCGAGUAACACGAGCGUUCAGUUGCCAGCAGGUAACACGAGCAGCCAGUUACAAGCAAGCAGCAGGCGUCGCCUGCUAGCCAGCAGCAGCAACCCGCCCCCCGCAGUCACAGGCGACCCGCAGUUGUGGAUGGGACGAGUAGAAGAAUUCCCCCCUCUCCGCGUGAACCGAGUGGAGGACCUAUGGCGGUCAUCCUCCCUGCGGGACGGGCAGCUGUUCACAGUGCGGCGCAGCCUGGUGAAGAAGAACGAGAAGCACCCGGGGCGGAGGGCGCCGGACCUGCCCGUGCUGACGCGCAUGUACGUGCCGUUCGUGUUCGUAGAGGCCGAGAUGGAGGUGCCGAUUAUUCCUGCUGGCCGGAAGAGUAAUAGUAGUAGUAGCAGCGCUGCUAGCGGUGGCAGUGGUGGUGGUGAGAGCACGGGUGCUGGGGAUGGGGCUGAUGGGAUGGGUGUGGAGGGGGUGGCAGAGGGGGACAGGGUGGGAGGGGAGAGCAGCGCCAAGGGCAUUGCGCACUCGUGCAUGUUCAACGGCAUGUCGGUAGUCAUCGAGGAGAAGUGCUUCUUUCCUAAACAAGGACCCACUGCAAGCAGUAGAGGCACUCUCCUCGGGCCCCCAGGCUCGCACGUCGGCCCGGCGCGCCCGUGCCUGCGCUCGGCGCGGUACUUCCGAGCCUGGAUGUACGUUCGGCACGUGGAGAUGGACCGAACGCCGCUCUUCAUGUUCGAUCGCUUCCGCCGCACCCUCCGCCGCUCCCUCUCCGCCCGGAAAGGCGGCGGGUGGAUCGACGCGAAGCACAUGGUGUGGCUGUCGAGGUGCCUACGGCCGGUGGUGAGGAGGGUGAGGAUUGUGCGGUGUGUGGCGGGGACGGGGGAGGCGUGCGCUGUGGCGUGGCAGGUGGGGGCGGUGCCGGACGCGUGGCGGCUGGUGCUGUGGGCGUGGCGGCCGCAGAGCGUACGGACGGCGCAGGUGGCGUUGAUGGCGCGGGACACUCAACCUGUCGAGUGUGCGGAUGGCUCAGUUGGCUCUCAUGGCUCUGGACACGCCACUGUGGGUGUGGGGCGCGCAGAGUGUGCGGACGGUGGAGUGUGA